AUGCUUUACACCCAAUCAUUCCGAAUAACGCUUACAUCCUCUGCCUUACCGUGGCCGUUGGCACAGCGUAAACCGAUGUUUAUUCCCCAGAUACCGUCAUUGCUUCUUCUCUGGGAAAUGAAGUUCACGACCUGUGGGCCUUCUACCUCCACGCGGCAUUGCUCCGUCAGGCUUUCGCCAGUGCGGAAAAUUCCCCACUACUGCCUCCCAGACGUCAAAAGGGCUUUUGGCUCGAAAAAAAAACAAGCUGAUUUGCAAAUUAAAACUCCACGUAACGACUGGUUUAGCCCAAAGACACAAGAAAAGCACUUCGACUUGUUGAUUCAUCGUCAGAAAUGGCUUAGAGCCAGUCGUUCAAUCCAUCGAACAAUAGUGUUACUGCUGAAACAUGGAAAAAUGGAAAUCUUAGAUCAAAACACGAUGUAUGGAUGGUAUGAACUGUCCAAAGAAGAAUUCUUGAACAGCGAACAACCAUUUCAGAUAUUCGCAACCAAGAAGUACUGGAUUCUCUUUCGAAUAUGCCUUGACAGGAGAAGGAAGGAUGGAAUGCCAACAAGCGUCUAUUAUUGA